AUGGCUGGCAACUCGGCAUCCCGUCUGGGCAAAAAACGUGCCGCCUUAGCGGAAGACUCCCUCAAAGCCGAGAUAAAGCGAAAGAAGAAGAACGAUGAGAAACCUGCAAGCGAUGACGAAGACCCCGAAGAGGAAAAGGAAGACGCCGCCCCUGCUGUUAACCUGAUCCGUUUCCUCCCAGACCUCUUCCUAGUGGAACGCCUCCUGCCAUCCAAAUUGGACUUCGAUACGCCGGAUGAUGUCUGGGCUAUUCCUACAUGGCAGAACCUCUGGAGGCUCUGA